AUGACUUUCUCAGGCAAGUGGCAGACUGCCAACUCGUCUUGUGGGGGCGAAACCCCCUCUAAAGUAGUGUUGUCGGAUGGCCAAACAACUUCCCAAUUCGGCACGGCGUCGUACUCUUUUCACGGUUCUGCUGUCUUUCUCAAGAUGUCCGCUAUCAAUGCCGACUACGCGAUUAUUCUUGACGGUGCCACGACUGAAUAUGGGGGGCUCGGUAGAAUUGGAGAUGCUGCUCUCCCUCCGAACUGCACCUUCGGAUGGUGGCGCGACAACUUGGACUCGACCUUGCAUGAUAUCCGAAUCACGGUCUAUGGAACGGGAAACGCAACCAAUAAAAUUAAGCAGCCUUGGACUGUAGAGUUCCAUAGCUUAGUCAUCACACGAUCUGGCGCAAGCAGCUCAACGAGUCGGGGUGCUUCACCAACUACGUCAGGACCAGCUGGCGACAAGCCGUCUACCGCAGAUGGAUUGAAGGAUGCCAAUAAGCAUCUUGUUUUCCUUGCGCUCGUUUUAUUGGCAGUUGUCCAUACUUAG